GACCCUGGACUCCCACAAGACAUACAGAUCUUUGUGGGUCGUCAAAAGGAAGGUAAAAUGGUGCUUCUCGACAAGAUGUGGGACGACGUCGUCGCCGGGCCUCAGCCUGAGAGAGGACUCGGCAAGCUGAGGAAGGUCUCCGCCAAGCCUUUGGUCAUCAAAGAAGGAGAGAGCAGCGGCAACAAGUACCAGCGAUCCCUGUCGAUGCCGCAGACGCCCACCACACCUACCACGCCGACGGCCAGCUCCCCCACCCCGCGCCAGGGUAACGUGUGGCGGAGCGUGUUCAACCCCGGCAGCAACCUCGCCACCAAAACCCUCGGCGCCAACUUGUUCGACAAGCCCCAGCCCAACUCCCCCACCGUCUACGACUGGCUGUACAGUGGCGAAACAAAGAGCACCCAUCGCUGAACUGAUGUUGCGCCUUUCUGCUCACGCAGAUCAGAUCUGUGAGGAGUGGAAAUUGGUGAGUGCUAGUAGGUGCCUGAAUCGGGAGUAGCAUCUAUUCAAGUUUGGGUUUGCUUGGUAAUAUCUGGGAUAUGAUAUGGGUUGUUGGGAUUUAUGUUUGUGCAUGUGUUAUAUGCUGGCUUGUUGCUAAAACCUGUAUUAUGUUCAAUGUCUCAUAAAUAAAAAAAGGAACUACUAUCUACUGUUA